CAUUGCUUUAAUAAGGAAACCAACUGAAUAGAAAUCGUGAUUCUUUAGUCUCAAAGCUCUUAUUCGUUUAGUUUCAAAUCCCUCCCUGAAUAUGAAUAUGUUUUCAAUAUUCGGAGAAUUAUCAUUUAGCACUGUUUUGAUAUCAUUCUUGAUUAUUAUAUUUCUUUACAGGUACUCUAUUCGAAGCCACAAUUAUUGGAAGGAAAGAAAUGUUCCUUUUGUAAAGCCUUACCCCUUCAUUGGAACACUUCUGGACAUCGUAACCAAGCCGGGGCAUGAAGUUGAAUUGGAAAGAUAUUUAAAAUAUGGACCCAUAUAUGGGCAUUUCGAAACUAACAAACCCAUGCUCUCAGUUGGAGAUCCAUCCAUUUUAAGAAAUAUCUUAGUGAAGGAUAUCCAAGUAUUUCAAGGGAACAGGUUCAGUGAAACAGGCAAUAAAGAAUUGGAUAAUAUGAUAACCAUGGCAAAGGGAGAAAACUGGAAAAGGAUUCGAACAAUCAUUUCACCCACGUUCUCUACUGGAAAAAUGAAAAGAAUGAUGGGAAUUUUCAGAGAUUGCUGCGAAACUCUGAUGAACAACCUUGCAAAAGUUGCGGAACAGGGUGAAACUUUCGACGCGAAAAGAGUAUUUGGUGCUUUUACACUGGAUGUCAUCGCCAGUUCUGCAUUCUCUACGAAGUUGGAUUCGCAACAGGAUCCCAACAAUAAAUUCGUCCGAAUGGCCAGUAAGCUCUUCUCACCCGGAUUUAACUGGAGACUGGUAGGAGUCGUUCUUUUUCCGAAACUCAUGAAGUUGAUGGGCGAGUCUUUCUUUUCUUCGGAGAGCUUGAAUUUCUUUUCUCGAGUAACGUAUCAAAUAAUUGAUGAAAGAAGGAGAACUGGAAAACAGACAGCAAAUGAUUUUCUUCAACUUCUGCUAGACACCUGUAAAGAGGUAGAAAGCAACGGGCAGUUAAAGCAAUCGUUUGAAGAGGUGGACGAUUUAACGACAAAUUAUGGUGCAGGAAUGGAGGAUAAUCAAGCCCUACUUCAAAAUCCUGUUACAAAAAGUUUGUCUACGGAUGAAAUGGUAUCGCAAUGCGUGGUAUUUUUUCUAGCUGGUUACGAAUCUACCUCCACCACUCUUUCCAUCGCUUGCUAUUUCAUGGCACUGCACCCGGACAUUCAAGAACAGGCAUAUGCAGAAGUAAAACAACUCCUCCAGGAUAGCGGUGUAAGUUAUUUGGCAAGAGAGUCUGGCAAAAAAUAUAAAUAACAGAAAUCGUGACAA